GGUUAACACAUUGUUCCAAACAAUGCAAGACCUAUUGACAUGAUUGCAUUUUCUCAGGUGUUGCACUCACUUUCUUCGUGUCUUUCUUGGAGACGCUUCGAAGCACGAAGAAGCCUGCUUCGCCAGAUCCAUGGAUACAGAUCGACCGGCGCACGACUUGUUGUUUGGCCGAGACCCAGGUGAGGAGGUUCCGACCCAUGCACACGCGGCAGCGCUGCGAGCGUCCUUUGACACCUCAUGUCAGAGGCUGGCCCAACUGUUGGAACGAGCAGAUGCCGUUCUGGUUGGCAGUGGAGCUGGUUGGUCCGCGGAUUCAAAGUUAGCAACCUACAAAGACAUCGCUAAGGUGCCUGCCUUGGAGCGGGCUGGGCUUAGCUACUACGAUCUGUGCCAAACGCACUGGCUGCUGGAUGACCCAUCCGUUUUCUACGGCUUUUGGGGCAGCUGUUUAGAAAGCUACCGGAAUGCAGUUCCUCAUGAAGGACAUGCUAUCUUAAAGAAGUGGUGUGAAGGCAAAAAGGCCCGAAGAAGCCAAUAUCAAGGUCGUUUUGAAGAGGCGGGUCUCUGGAAUUUCUUCAUUUUCUCAUCCAACGUUGAUAGCCAUUGGCGCCGUGAUGGACUCUUUGAAGAUGCCUCUCUGUUUGAAUUCCACGGCACCGUGGAGGACUGGUGCUGUUCCGGAACGGCUGGAGGCCACAAGUUGAUCCCCUGCUGCAAAAAGAUCUGGCCGGUUCCGGCCGAUUUUCGCUUUGAAGUGGAUUCAAACAUGAGGGCAGAGUCCAAAGACCCUCAAGGUGGUGAAGCUGCGAGAGAGGACCUGAAGGAGGGCUUCAAAGAGCAGUGUCCCUUUCAAGUUGCCAAGAAGAAGGAUCCCAACCGACCUCGUUGCCCAGCCUGUUCUAGCCUCUUGAGACCACGAGUUCUUCAUUUUGGGGAUGGGAAAUUCUUCGAGCGCGAAGGUGAGUUAGAGAGGUUUAAGCGAUGGAAGGAUUGUGUUUGGGAGUGCAUGGAGCUCUGUGAAGCUUCAGUGGGUGAAUUGAACCCUUCCAAGCACGUACUUGGAAAGGAAGAUGCCUUUUGCUUGGCCUUGCUGGAAUUUGGGUGUGGCUUGAAUGUCCCCACGAUCCGCGGGGAAUUUGCCAGAUUGGUUGAUCUAUUUCCGGAGAAUUGCAUUCUGGCACGCAUCAAUCCAGACUUUCCUUUGGUCUUGGACACAGCCGAGCGCCAGAAGAUUGAGAUUAUGUCCAGUUCAUUGACCGUUUUGCAAGAAGUUGACUCCAUCUUAUGCAAGACUCUGAAGUGACUCCCGAGCUGUCUCCUUCAGCGGCUCCAGAAGCGGCCUCAUUUAGAAUGUCAUUCUGUUUUUCGCGUAGUUGCGUUGGCGGCUUCUGGACAAAUGGAGCAACACCCAGACCGAGGGAUCGAUUUGGAUCAAUCCCGGUUGCUCCACCGAAUGAACUGACCAAUUUCGGGUCGAGUCUGAGAAGAUUGGUCGAGCACAUCGCUCUCAGGAGGAUGGAGCACAAGAGAAAAGAUCAGCAGCAAGUGCCGAAGUGGCAUUUUCCCAGUGAUUCACUAGCUUUACCCAGUUUUAGCUAUGUAGGGUGGCUCUAUGCGUGCCUGGCAGUUGAAGUAUGUUGAAGUUGUGAUCGUACCGUCGUCUUUUUGGAAGUGGCCAGCCCAGUAGAACCAGACACUGUAUCUUCAUCCCGAAACAAAGCUCCGAACCGAGAACAAACGAAGGGCUCCACAGAGAAACCUAAGGACCGAGAAAGUAAACAAAACAUGCAGUGCUCAGGCAAGUCAAAUGAAGUGCUCCGCCAAGUUGAACCUGGAAACUGAAGAUCC